AAUCCAUGAGCUGAAAUAAUGGAAAUCUGCUGCUGGAGACGCGGAGCGCGAGCAGGGGGGCGCGCAAGCCGAUGAGUAGCCUCACCGUUUCGCCUUUUGCUUCCUUUCUCGGGGGGGCGGGGGGGGGGGGGGCUGUUUUUUUUUUUUUUUUUUCGGAAUCGUUGCGGGGAGCAUCAUGGUGCUUGUUAGUGAAGCUGGGGGCGGUGGAGCUAAUUGUUUUAUAUAGGCUCGCGUUGUGGACCUCUGGCAUGUUAGCUCCUCUGCUAGCAGGCUAACUGAGACCAAGGGGAGGGGAGAGAGCGACAGACAGACACAUAGAGUUCCUUUGCCUUGAAAUUGUUUCAGAUCGGCUAGCGGCCAUUAGCAUUAGAGCUCCAGGGGCUGAAGUUUUUCUUUUGACUUUCGGAACCCCCCCACCCCCCCUCCCCGUUUUCGGACCGCGAAUAUCACUUAGUCAGCGCUACUCAAUCCGGGUCAUGUUAACUCGUGCUAUUUGGAUAUUUACGGUAAUGUAGCUCGCACGGGACAAUACAUUUCACAUCGUUGAGCUAGAUGCUUGUCUUUCCGGUCGAUGCGAUCUAUAACGUUGGGUUAGCGGUAGCUAGCGCCGGCUGGAAGUUGUCUGCCUGACUAGCGGCGGCGGCUAGUCGUAGCAGCAGUAAAACACUAGCGCUUCUCCGGCUCAAGCGCUAACCCACCCACCCCCUCCCGAGCAGUUCUUGUGUGAGACGAUGGACUUAAAGGUUCCGAGGACGCAGUGACAAGGAUGAGUUCGUGCUUUGUUCCAAACGGGGCCAGUUUGGAGGACUGCCACUCCAACCUCUUCUGCCUGGCUGAUUUGACCGGGAUAAAAUGGCGACGCUUUGUGUGGGAAGGGCCUACCUCGUCGCCCAUCCUCUUCCCUGUGACUGAGGAGGACCCCAUCUUAUGCAGCUUCAGCCGGUGCAUGGCGGCCGAUGUGCUGAGCGUGUGGCGGCGGCACCACACGCCCGGUCGCAGGGAGCUCUGGCUCUUCUGGUGGGGCGACGACCCCAGCUUCGCCGAGCUCAUCCACAACGAACUCUCGAGUGAGGAGGAUGGCGAGUGGGAGAGCGGCCUGUCCUACGAGUGUCGCACGCUCCUGUUCAAAGCCAUCCACAACCUGCUGGAGCGCUGCCUCAUGAACCGCGGCUUCGUACGCAUUGGCAAGUGGUUUGUGAAGCCUUAUCAGAAGGAUGAGAAAGUCAUCAACAAAAGCGAGCACUUGUCCUGUGCGUUCACAUUCUUCGUGCAUGGCGACAGCAAUGUGUGCACAAGUGUGGAGAUUGCGCAACACCAGCCUCUGCAGCGACUGAGUGAGGGGCACCUGAGCCUCGCCCAGCAGAGCUCCAGCCCCUUGCAAGUCAUCUUGAGCCCGUACGGCUUGAACGGGACCCUCACGGGCCAGGGCUUCAAGAUGUCCGACCACCCUACUCAGAAGCUCAUUGAGGAAUGGAGGCAGUUUUAUCCCAUCAGCCCCGAUCCCAAGGAGGUCCAGGAGGAAAAGAUGGAGGACGGCGACUGGGAGGAUGACUCCCUGGGGGCUGUGGAAGUCCUCGUCGCUGGGGUGAGGAUGGUGUACCCUUCCUGCCUGGUGCUCCUUCCUCUGACCGACCUCCCCGCGGUGGUCCCUCAAGGCUCAUCCAACACCUCAGGAAGCAUGUGCAGCGCUCAACCAUGCCAGGCCGCCCACAGAGACCCCGCCAUGUCCUCUGUCACGCUGACGCCACCGACGUCACCAGAGGAAGCUCAGACUGACUAUCAGCCGGCACAGAAGUGGCAUAAAUUGUCCUCUGUGUCUGAUGGCUACAGUUCCAACAACACUCUUCACGGGGGGAAAAUCCCUCGCAGGUUGGCCAGCCACAUGGUGGAGUCUGUUUGGCAGGAGUAUAACAUAAACCGCAUGGGGAACAAGAGGAAGUUUACAAACUUGACCAAUGGGACCUGUGAGGAGGAGGCAGACAAACCUGGGCUUUGGGAUUUCGUGGAGCCUGUCCACAGGCCACAUUGCAAUUGUUUAAGACAUAAAAAUCAGAAGCAGCGGCCCAACAACGCCUCAGGACACCCGCCGUUGUCAGGCCAGCCCACCCCGCCGGCCCCCAAGCACAAGCUGGGCGAGAAGCUGGAGAAGGGGGAGAAGCAGCAAAAGAGGCCCCAGACGCCCUUUCACCACCGCAACUCUGUGAGCGACGAGCAACCGCUGGAGCCUCAAACCCAGAGACUUUGUCUGCGAACGCAAGAAGAGGGAUCCUAUCCUAGCCUACACCACGUGGACACCACCGCGCCCUCCAAAGCCCCCACGCUGCACACCCACGGCCCCCCCACCGACCUCGUCGGCUCGCCGCCGCCCCCGCCACUCAGCCCGCACCCCUGCGACCACGUUGAAGGCGACCUGACUCCGGGUGGCAUGAAGAACUCCACGCCCAUUCACCAGCCCUUCUACCCCCCUUCAGUGGAGCCUUGUCUGUUGCCUCAGAAAGGUUCGUCUGAGGAGCCCACUCCAGAAAACAUGCCCUUGCCUUUGCCCUUUCCCCCUCCCUUUAACGAAACCUUGGAGCCCACAGUCUUUAUCGGUUCUGCUGUUAACCCUAACGAAGACCCCGGGCACAACCCUUGGAAGUAUUUUAACUUGCCGAGGAAGAAGGCAUCCAUCUUUCACACGCCUAUGCUACCUGUGGAUAAAGUACGCGAUGACUCUGGAGGUGGCGCAGUAGCGGAAAGUGUUGUGUCUGUUACUGAGUUAAUGGCAGGCUACAUGCAGCCUCUCAAAGUGUCCCAGGAACUGGUGAAGACCUACGCCCAGCGGAGGAACACCUACCUGUCCUGUGCCACAGUGGACGGUGACCACGGUGAGGAGCCGGACCCUUAUGCCUUCGUCGAGGGGGACGAGGAGUUCAGUUUCACGGAAAAGAGGGACAAGGCUGGAGCUGAGAGGGAUGGGAGCAAGAAACACAAGCUGGAUGAUGGAUCGGGGGCUUCAGCUGACGAAGGUCAAGGUCCAUCGGGCACUAAGCCGGCCGCCUCCACCAGCCUCAUCCAUGAGAACGACUUGGCUGUGUCCUACAGCGACUUGGAUAAAAUUUUCAAUUCGGAUGAAGAUGAGCUAGCGCCUGGAGCCAAAAGAGCUGGCGCAGGUGUAGAUGAGAAGUUUGUCUCCAAAGAUGCAAAACCCACCUCUUUGGACCCGUUGUCAUGUAUAAGCACGGCAGAUCUGCACAAGAUGUUUCCCACCCCGCCCUCUCUGGAGCAGCAGGGUUACUCCCCCAUGAACUCUGGCAGCAAAGACAGCCUGGAAGCGGGGGCGGGCCUCACCCUGCUGGACGGCAGCCAACUGAACAACCAGUUCAAGAUGGAGGUGGAGGAGGGUUUCUGUAGCCCCAAGCCCUCUGAAGUAAAGGACUUCUCUUUCGUGUACAAGCCAGAAACGAGUCACCCGUUCAUCGGCUGCUCUAUGUACGCCCCGCUGAAGACGCUUCCCAGUCAGUGUCUGUUGCCGAUCAAGCUGCCAGAGCACAAAUAUGUGUACAUGCGCAGCUGGAGUGUCGGCAAAAUGGAGCUGAUUCCACCGGUGGUGACAAAAGACGGUAACAUCCCAAGUGUGGAGGCUGAGGACAUUCAGACCCACACCCCUCAGACCCACACACCCGUCAUGUCCAGCAGUGCCCCACCCAGCAACAGCGGCGCGGGCAUCCUCCCCUCCCCAGCCACGCCCCGCUUCUCUGUGCCCACGCCUCGCACUCCACGCACCCCUCGAACUCCCCGUGGACCUUCCAGCGUCCAGGGCUCGCUCAAGUACGACAACUCGGACCUCUACUCUCCCGCCUCCACUUCCUCCACCUGCCGACCACUCAGUUCUGUGGAGCCGGCCACCGUCCCCUCCAUCCCGGAGGCCCACAGCCUCUAUGUCACACUUAUCCUAUCCGAGUCGGUCAUGAACCUCUUCAAGGACUGCAACUUCGACAGCUGCUGUGUGUGCGUGUGCAACAUGAAUAUCCGAGGGGCCGAUGUGGGCGUGUACCUGAAGGAUAACGGGGAAGCCCAGUACCCCUGCACGUGCGGCUUCAGCGCCGUUGCCAACCGCCGCUUCGGUCAGUCCGCCGGGCUCUUCCUGGAGGACGAGCUGGACGUGGUCGGGCGUGGCUCGGAUGCCAGUCGCGACACGGAGCGUUGCUUCGAAGAGUUGCGGGCAUCUGUGAAACACAAAUCCUGCAGUCUGAAGGAGAAACCACCAGAUGAGCUCAUUCUGCUGCUCCAGGACCAGUGCACCAACCCAUUUGCACCGAUGGCAGGUGUGGAGUACCCCAAACUGAGCUCUGCCCCCAGCUCCUUUGUGAGGGUGGAGGAGAGAGACUGUUACAAUGACUGCUACAUGGCGCUGGAGCACGGCAGGCAGUUCAUGGACAACAUGUCAGGAGGCAAAGUUGACGAAACACUAGUGAAAAGCACUUGUCUUCACCAGUGGCCAAAAUGCAAAUCAGCGGACAUGAACAAGCUGUUCUCUCAGGAUGUCCUGCGGGUGCUGUUGUCCCUCCAACCUGUCUUGCAGGAUGCCAUUCAGAAGAAGAGGAGCGUGCGCUCAUGGGGGGUGCAGGGACCCCUCACCUGGCAGCAGUUCCACAAGAUGGCCGGCAGGGGGUCUUAUGGUACAGAUGAGUCUCCUGAGCCGCUGCCCAUCCCCACAUUUCUCGUGGGCUACGAGUACGACUUUGUGGUACUGUCCCCCUUUGGCUUGCCCUAUUGGGAAAAGCUGCUCCUGGAUCCCUUCGGCUCCCAGAGGGAUGUCGGCUUUGUUGUCAUCUGCCCAGAAAGUGAAACGCUCCUAUGCCGGGCCAAGACCUUUUUCAAAGAAUUGAGUGCCAUUUACGAGGCGUGCCAGCUCGGGCAGCACAGGCCCAUCUGCAAAAAUCACCCUGAGGGCAUCCUGAAGGUGGGCAGCACAGAAGGCAGGAACAUGGCAGAGCAGCCCCUCAGCGACUGGUUCCUCAAGAUGGCCGCCAGAGAUGCCAACAGCGAGGCCUUCAAUAAACUUAAACUCUUUGCUCAAGUGUGCCGCUACGAUCUAGCUCCUUACCUAUCAGAGCAGUCUUUGGACAGCUCACUCCUCUCUCAGCGCAACCCUGCCACGGAAUCCUCGCAUAACUCCACCUCUUCCAGCGCUGCCUCAGGACACACAAGUGCCACCGGCACCGCCCAGAUCAACAGCGCCCCUCCGCUUCCCCUCCAGGUCUUGGGUGGGUUGCCGUCAUCCAAGCUCGGCACCUACCCCCAGUUUGGAGCCAGCGGGUUGCAGGGCAGCGCGUCGCAUAACGGGCCUCAGUUGAACCCGCAGGGCCCGGUUGCGGAAAAUGGUCCCGCUGCUCAAAGCUCGAGUGAGGCGCCAGAGAGCACAAUGGACAGAGAUAAAGUGGGAAAGCCAACGGACGGGGAGUCCCACGCCAUCUCCUACCCGCCCGCUAUCGUGGUGUACAUCGUGGACCCGUUCAGCUACACAGACGCUGACCGCGAGGUCCACUCCAGCGCAUACACGCUGGGCCUCCUGCGUUGCUACAUAGAGAUGCUGCAGUUCCUUCCUGCUCGCAUCAGAAAUGCAGUCUCCGUGCAGAUUGUUCCAUGCCAGUACCUCCUGCAGCCUGUGCACAGUGGCGAGCGUCACCUGUACGGCCAGCACCUCAAGUCGCUCGCCUUUUCCGUCUUCACGCAGUGUCGGCGGCCCUUGCCGAACUCCACCAACUUCAAGGCUCUGACGGGCUUCGGGCCUGGCCUUGCCAUCGACAUGGCGCUCAAGAACCCAGAGAGGCCAGAGUGUCUGCGUCUCUACACGCCGCCCUUCAUUUUGGCGCCGGUGAAAGAUAAGCAGACAGAGCUGGGCGAGACAUUUGGGGAGGCGUCGCAAAAGUACAACAUCCUGUUUGUGGGCUACUGCCUAUCUCACGACCAGCGCUGGCUGCUGGCGUCCUGCACCGACCAGCACGGUGAGCUGCUGGAGAGCUGCAUCAUCAGCAUUGACGUGCCCAACAGGGCUCGCAGGAAAAUGAGCUCAGCCCGGCGACUGGGUCUGCAGAAGCUGUGGGAUUGGUGUCUGGGCCUGGUGCAGGUGACGUCACUGCCUUGGAGGGUGGUGAUUGGUCGCCUGGGAAGAAUGGGACACGGCGAGCUGAGAGACUGGAGUAUUCUGCUGAGCAGGAGGAACCUUCAGUCCCUCAGCAAGCGCCUGAAGGAGACUUGCCGGAUGUGCGGCAUCUCUGCUGCCGACACUCCCAGCAUCCUUAGCGCCUGCCUGGUCGCCAUGGAGCCCCAGGGUUCCUUUGUGGUUAUGCCAGAUUCCGUGUCGACUGGCUCCGUGUUCGGCCGCAGCACCACGCUCAACAUGCAGACGUCGCAGCUGAGCACGCCGCAGGACACGUCGUGCACGCACAUCCUGGUGUUCCCCACCUCAGCAAUGGUGCAGGUCAACACCAACACGUCGGAACCCAUCGACAUCAACUUCAACCCUAUCAAUCCAGACGGCUCUGACGGAAUGGGCAUCUUUGACCUGUUCGACAAUGACAUGGUGGACCCGGACAUCAUCAGCAUCCUGCCCAACUCGCCCACCACGUCUCCUGUGCACUCGCCUGGCUCGCACUACCACCAGGGCGGCGAUGGAAGCAAGGGUCAAAGCGCGGAUCGCAUGGAGUCUCACGAGGAGGCCUUGAACAUCCUGCAGCAGCCGAUGGCGCUGGGCUACUUCGUGUCCACCGCCAAGGCCGGACCGCUGCCAGACUGGUUCUGGUCAGCCUGUCCUCAAGCUCAGAACCAGUGUCCUCUUUUCCUCAAGGCUUCUCUGCACCUGCACGUGUCUUCUGUCCAAUCAGACGAGCUUCUGCACAGUAAACACUCCCACCCCCUCGACUCCAACCACACCUCUGAUGUCCUCAGAUUUGUCCUGGAGCAGUACAACGCCCUCUCCUGGCUGACGUGCGACCCCGCCACUCAGGACCGCCGCUCCUGUCUGCCCGUUCACUUCGUGGUGCUCACGCAGAUGUACAACUUCAUCAUGAACAUGCUCUGAUGCUCACGAGCCGUGGUCGCAGGACCCGUCACGUGACACGCCAGGAGCUGCAAGAAGCCUCUCGGCUCUCCCGCCAGCGUCCAAUCAGUUGCCAAGAAUCCAUUUUGGAUGAUCAAGGGAGGUUUCGUAAAAAGGUGUUUUUAAUGACUGUAGAUUGCAAUCGAUGAAAUUUUAUCCUAAUGAAAUGCCUGCAUAUAUUAUUUAUUGUAAGUUUUUAAAUGUGGAAUUUUUAACGCUUAAUAUCUUUUAUAUAUUACAAAUCCUAGGGGGUGUGUACAUCUCAGUGUAAAGGAAGUGGCUUUGGAACAAGUGGUAAACUUUUUGCUGUAGAUGGCUUUUAGAAUCUUAUUUUUUCAAAGAAGGGUACCCGCCUUUUUAUCGCCACGCUGUAAACAUGAAGUGGACGCCUGACCCCGCCCCUCCCCGCGGCGAGUGGACAGGAAGCGUCUCGUGGACGCGCGCUCGCCCGCCAUUUGGGGCUCCAGACGCUCUCGCACACUUUAACUCAAUGAGCUUUGAAGAGGAAUUCAAAAGGUACAUUGUCAGAUUAUAUAUUUUAUAUAACAGAUUUAGGUAAUCUUGUGUGCGUGUGUGUGUGUGUGUGUGUAUAUGUGUACAUAUAAUUGUGUGCCGCUACUGAUGGUGCAGCUUCUGUUUUAGGAAUAAAGUGCGUCUACAUGA